AAAUCUUAGCAGAAGGAGAUCAAAACAGUCUGCCAGAAACCCUAUCUAUUUGUUUAUACCAUCGAACAAGUAGCAGAAAUCUGCUUAGGUCCUGAUUGGUUCAAUGGAUCAAGGACCCGGUCUCGAAGAUUGUCUGAAGCUCCUGAAAGGAGAAAGAGACGAACAACGGCUAGUGGGUUUACUUAUGGCGACCAAAUUUUGCAAGGGGGACGACCAUGCUUCCAUUAUUAGGGUUUAUGAUGCAGUUGGAGUUGGCUUUCUCGACCGACUCCUGAAAACUGGGAUGGGGAAAGGGACUAUUAGUGUUAAGGAAGGUGACAAUCGGGAUGCCUAUUUACAACUUUCUGUUACAAUACUUGCUGCAUUUUGUCGUGUUCCUGAUAUUGCUUCAUCCAAGGAAAUGGUAUCCAAGGUUCCUCUCAUACUGGAAAUAUUGUCGAAAGGGUUGGGCCUAUCUUUUUCUGAAGAAUGCUAUGAAAUUCUAUUUCUAGUAUCAACUGCUUCUGACGAUGGACCUACAAUACUGUUUGAGUCUGGAGGCAUGAAUGUGCUUUCUUCUUGCAUGCAUGCCUUGCCUGAUGGUUCUCACUCGUUCGAGCUCGCCAUGAAACUUGUGCAGCUAAUGCUGGGUAAACUGCCUCUAGAUGUCAUUAAUAUGGAAUAUCCUUCGGAGUUGUCGCGUGUGGUGGCUGCAAUAGCUAGGCAGUUUGCUUUGCUGCACAAUGCCCUCAAAUUUGAAGCGCUCCACCUACUCUCUGCCAUACUUCCCUCAAAAAAUGCUGCAUUGUUGCAUGAUGCUCUCCGUUCAUUGUUAGACGACACUUGGGCAACCUAUAUACGUGUUGGUAUUGUGGCGGUCUUACAGAAUCGUGUUGCUGCUUCUGAAAAGCUUCAGGCUCUUGUUUUGGCCGAGUCCAUGAUGUCCAUACUCGGGGAAAUCUGGUUGGUUAGUCAGAAGAAUGUACCUGAUAUUCAAUGCCCUGUUCCAGUUGACAAGUGUCUAUUGCUUGUCUUGGAAUCCUCAAGGGUUGAAGUUGCUGUUCUUCUCAAUGACAUUGCCUACUUGAAGUUUGAAGCAUCUAAGAGUUCAUCAGACACAGCGGGUACCAUUCUUUUGAGGAAACGAGACCUGGCCACAGCAUUUUCAUUGAUUGAAAAGAUAAUUAAACUGAUUUCAAAUGACACUGGAAGUGGAGCAAACAUCAUCAGUGAAAGUACUUUAACAAAAGUGAUAGCUGGCCUUAAUGAGACAAUUGGUGUAGUUCUGGAAUUUUUACAAGAUGCAAAGGAUCAUGGAGACAAGAAAGGUGAUGACCUUCUAGCUUCAGUACGAAUUAUUGGAAGUUAUCUGGCAGAAGCACCUGAUGCAUGCAGGGAAAAAGUUCAAGAACUUCUUGAGUACAUUCUUUCUGUUGAAGGUGAAGAUGAACCAAGCCCUUUCUACUCUGUACGUUUCAUGCUUCCAAUGCUAUGCCAAAUCACCAUGAAGGUUGGAGGAUGUAAGCUUUUGGCAAAGACAAGGGGUUAUAAUGUUGUUGUGGGUUGCCUUGUGAAAUUGAUUGGGCCUGACAGUCAGAUGGUUGAGGAUGAUGGUACCAUAUUCUUGGCAUGUGAUACUGUCAUAAAUUUUCUUUUGAAGAGAGAGGAAAUUGGAGUUCAAUUGGAUGUCUCUAGUUCUGCUUGUCUUUUAAGAGCAUUGACUUACUGGGCAGAGGAUGUUAAUGACCCAUCAAUUAUCAUGAUGUCCUCAAGCAUUUGUUCUCUGAUAUUUGACUCAACAACGGAGCAGUCUUUACUAAAUGGCCCUGAUUUUGAACCAAGCAUUCUUAAUAACCUCUCUCGGCUCAUAGUCAGAGGUUUGGCUACAUGUGGGCAGGAAAUGGCGGAUGAUGCUAAAGCAGAAGUUGAUCUUCAUCAAAUUCUUACUGCGGGAUAUGCUCGUUGGGCUGAUCGGUUCCCACGUAUUAAACAGGCUGUUGAGAUGAACCAGCCAAUGGGAUACUAGUAGCUUGCCCCGAGUAGUCGGAUAAAGGCUUAGUUGAAUGGGUUUACUUGGGCUGGAUUUGGAAAUCAUUUGUUUGGGGGAAAAAGGCGAGGGGGAAGGGGGGAGGGCUGCUUUGUUAUGUCCCCUUGUUGAAAUUUCUGUACAUAGUGGUACCAAUGAUCAAUUUAUUUUCUGUGAGGUUUGGCCCCUUCAAUGUGUUCUGGUUUUGAACCUCAAGAAGACCAAGAAGGGGGACUAGUCCUUGUAAAGCAAGGAUUAACUAAGGUUGUGACUAAAGUUUGAUGCACAGAGCUCUGUACUUCUCAACCUACUGGAACGGCAUGAGAUAUUCUUCGAUCAAUAGUGUGGACUGCAGAUCAGGAUUCAUGCAGCAGACAAGUAGUUCGGAUGAGGCCUAAAAUAGUUGAUUCUGCUUUGCCUUCCACAAACCAAUCAUAUUAGAUGAUGGUGGACGGCGUGAUGGUGAUCAAUAUGUUAUAUCUUCUCUAAAUGUAUCCAAGAAAGUUCUUGGGUACAGUGUCUCUGUUGUGAGCCUUGUAAUUAAGUAGUCUCUGAUGCAAAUUUUGUAGCUCUUUCUGGGUAUUCUGAAAUAUUAGAUUUGGGUC